GCCGGGUGCGGGCAGCGUCGUGUCCCGGAGCCCUCGGCGGUCGCUGCCCUGCGGUCCCGCUCAUCGCCAUGGAGAAGUACAAAGCUCUCGAGCAGCUGCUCACAGAACUUGAAGAUUUUCUGAGGAUACUGGACAAGGAGAACUUGAGCAGCACUGCUGUGGUGAAGAAGAGCUUCCUCUCUGACCUUCUGAAAGUCUACACCAAGUCCAGUGGUGGUGAUGAGGAGUAUAUUUAUAUGAACAAAGUGACAGUCCAUAAACAGCAGGGUGACCAAGAGAAACAAGACAAAGUGCUGGAUCAGAAGAACUCCCUGACCAAUGGAGACUCAGGACUGCAUCUGUCACCUCCUCAGAAGAGCCUGCCAGACCUCCCCCCUCCAAAGAUUCUCGAAACAAAACAACCAGCAGUCCCCAAGAUUGAAUCCCCAGAGGGGUAUUACGAGGAGGCUGAGCCCUAUGACAUCUCUGUAAAUGGUCUUUUUGGUAGGCUUGCUGCGGCUGGACCCAGGCCAGGGUUGCAGGUUACUGAGGGCGUUAUUUAUGCCACAAUAACUAUGGAAGACGGUGAAGCUGUUAGUAGUUCCUACGAAUCUUAUGAUGAGGAAGAGAGCAGCAAAGGCAAGUCAGCAACCCAUCAGUGGCCAUCCCCAGAGGCCACCAUCGAGCUGAUGAAGGACGCCCGCAUCUGUGCCUUCCUGUGGAGAAAGAAGUGGCUGGGACAGUGGGCAAAGCAGCUGUGUGUUAUCAAGGACACCAGGCUGCUGUGCUACAAGAGCUCCAAGGACCACAACCCCCAGCUGGAUGUGAAUUUGCUGGGCUGCACAGUCAUUCACAAGGAAAAGCAAGUGAGGAAGAAGGAGCACAAGCUGAAGAUCAUCCCCACGAACGCUGAUGUCAUCGUGCUGGGGCUGCAGAGCAAGGACCAGGCAGAGCAGUGGCUCAGGGUAAUCCAGGAGACCAGUGGUUUGCUCUGUGAAGGAGGCAGUGAAGGAAACCAGUACAUCCCAGACUCGCAGCGUCUCAGCUACCCAAAGGUGGAGGUGUCUGAGAGAUACUCUGCAGCCUCCGAGAGCGGGAGCAGCACCGACGGCCACGCGGAGACAGCUGAGACAAAAGAUGUUAAGAAGAAGGGCACAACUGGCCUGAAACUGAGCAACCUGAUGAACCUCGGGAGGAAGAAGUCCAGCUCCCUGGAUAGCCCAGAGAGAUCCCUGGAGACUUCAAGUUACCUGAAUGUGCUGGUGAACAGCCAGUGGAAGUCACGGUGGUGUCAGAUAAAAGAUGGGCACCUCCAUUUCUACCAGGACAGGAACAGAAGCAAGCUGGCUCAGCAGCCCCUGAGUUUGGCAGGCUGUGAGAUCAUCCCAGAGCCGAGCCCUGACCAUCUCUACUCCUUCCGCAUCCUGCACAACGGGGAGGAGAGGGUUGUUUUGGAGGCAAAGUCCUCAGAGGAGAUGGGCCACUGGCUGGGCCUCCUCUUGUCGGAGUCAGGCUCGAAAACAGACCCAGAGGAAUUCACCUACGAUUACGUGGAUGCUGACAGGGUUUCCUGCAUUGUGAGCGCUGCCAAGAAUUCCUUCUUGCUAAUGCAGAGGAAAUACUCUGAGCCCAAUGCCUACAUUGACAACCUGCCCAAGGGCAGGGUGCAGCAGGACGAGCUCUACGACGACGUGGAUCUGCCAGACCUGCCUGUGGAAGAAGUACCCAAGAGCGAGAGCAAACUGGAGGGGGAUCAAGACAGAGUGUAUCUGGAUCUCACCCCAGUGAAGUCCUUACUGCACUGUGCUGGCAAGAUGUCAUGCCAGUCUUCCCCCCUCGGGUCACCAUCCCUAGAAAGGGCUGCCAAGGCUGCCCCAGAGAGCACAGCUGAGACAGCCCCCAUGGCCAAGGAAGCUGAGCCCUGUGCUAAGGCAGCAGAGACUGUGGAGCAGAAACACCCAGAGAAGCCAGAGCCCGAGGAGGCUGUGCCACGGGUGCCUGCUGCCAAAAUGCAGAGCCAGCAGCAGAGCAAUGUGGCCCCUGAGGUGCCAGUGGGGCCAGUUCCAGUGGGCAGUCCCCAGCUGGUGCCUGCACACCGGCCCAAGAUGCCACUGCCAGCAGGAGCAGUGGAGACCAAGCUGGGCAAGAACAGGACAGAGGCAGAGGUGAGACGGUUCACGGAGGAGAAGGAGAGGCUGGAGAAGGAGAAGGAUGAGAUCCGAGCUCAGCUCACCCAGCUGCGCAAGGAGAGGCGGGAGCUGAAGGAAAUGCUUGGUAGCAGCACAGACAAGAGCCUGGAGCAGAGGCUGAAGGAGAUAGAUGAAGAAUGCAAAAGGAAGGAAAGCCAGAGGGUGGACCUGGAGCUGAGCCUGGUGGAGGUGAAGGAGAACCUGAAGAAGGCAGAGUCUGGCCCGGUGACACUGGGCACAGCAGUGGACACCACACACCUGGAGAACACAGCCCCACGGGUUCAGGCCAAAAGUGCCAGUCCAGCAAACAGCGCAGAGAACUCACCAGUCAACUCAGCCACGGCUUUAAAAAACCGGCCCUUAUCUGUUAUGGUCACAGGGAAGGGAACAGUCCUACAGAAAGCUAAGGAAUGGGAGAAAAAGGGAGCUAGUUAGAAGCACGUUGUUCAGAGAUGGACUAAAGACUCGAAUUGCCCACGCUUGGCCCAGGGGAUUCAACCAUCUGUAAGUGGAGGUUGGGUGUUCAGGACCACCACACACCAAGUGCCUCCUCCACGUGGCGCCCACAGCUCCGACACAGCGCUGGAGUCACAGCUGCUGACCAGAGUUACCCCACAUGAACCUGCUCUUUCCAGACAAAUCCCAACCAUGUAGCUAAAACAAUAACAGCCAGUGGCAAUCCUUCCAUCAAAGUCCUAACCCAGCUGAUGUAAACAAGAACGUUACUGUACAUAGGGGGUGUUUUGUGUAUUUCUACUCUGAAGGUUUAUCAUUGAGUUAUUAAGGUUUCUGUAUUAGUGACUGUAGUGGAUUCAGAAGGAACCUCUGCUCUUCCUCAGCCUGGUGAGUUUGUACCUGUCCUGAUAAGGUUGUCAAUCUGUUUUGCUGCCAGUCAUCACUCAGCUACAUUUCAUCCAGCCUUCAAUCAAGGGCUAUCCCACAUGUGAGCAAUUCUUCAAAUAUGAAUGAGAAGCACACAGCAGCCUGUCCAGGGCAUUUUUUAAUCAGUGUCCUGAUGCAUUCCAGCAUCUUCUACCAGCUGCAGGUUUGCUAGAAUAUUGAGCUGCUCACCUUCUCGUGCUGUAAGCUGUCUUACAGACUGGCAGCGAAAAGAGCUCUGAGCAAAGAAGAUCUGCCAGGCAGAUUCAGUUAGCUUUCUUGAGGAUCUUAAUUCAC